ACAGCUGAUAAAAAGAUUCUAAUUAAGAAAGUGCAGAUAACUGACCACGCACAACUCCCGUCUAAUUACAGUGCAACCCCUGGUGGAACCAUCUUCUCGACGACCCCAGGAGGUACUAGGAUAGUCUAUGAGAGGGAUUUCUUACUUCAGUGUCGAAAUUCCACACUUUCAAUGACUCCACCCACCAACCUGCCAAUAAUUCCCGGUGUCACACGGCCC